AGCAAGCUAGUCUAUUUAGCACACGAAUCGAUUUACUAAAACAGCAUAGCAUAACACUAAUGACCAUAUUUGUUACCGUGUAGUUUUCAGUUUUAAUAUGCGCGUGGCCGCUGAGCGUCGCUGUAGCGUCACUGACGCACAGACUCACUGCAGGAAUAACAACAUGGCGGGCAUUUCGAAAGAACAUCAGCUGUCUCUGCGAGUAUACAACACUCUUCAGAGUUUGGGUUGUCCCCUGGUGGAUGGACUGUACCUGAGGGAGGCAGACAGCGUUCAGGAGCUCCUCUGCACUCCGUCUUUUCACAGGACUGAUAUACUCAAGUGGAUCUGCGCCAGCAUCUGUCCAUCCUUAAAGGAAAAGUUUUCCUCUAUUAAAUCAACUCCUAAUGAAGAAUCGAUUGAAGAGCUCACAAGGUUUGGUUAUCAGAUGAUGUUAUGUAAAGCUAACGACAAGGAUUUAAUCAAGGGUCUUGCACCACCUUUACGACAGCUGGUGUUUCUAGAGCAGCUUCUAAGGGUUAUUCAAGCAGACGCCUCUCUGUGCUCUGGGCAGAACUCAUCUUCUGGAGAUGAAGGUGUAAAGAGCAAUGAUCUUCUUGAAGAACUGAUCUCUCAGGAUCAUUUACCUGACCUCUACAUGCUUCUGGAUCCAGCCUGCAAUCCAUGGCCUGCACACAUCCGUGAACAUCUGAUACGCACACAUUCGGCUCACAACAAAAUCAAUGGGAACCACAGUAAAUUCAGUGAUUUCGUAAGCAGGAGUGAUCAAGAUUCCCGACUUGUAAGUCAUGGAGAAGAAAGCUUGACGGAGGCCAUGGCACUUCUGAAGUCUACUCAAAGCACAUUAGAUGAGCUCCAUAAAGAGUGUGAGUUUCUGCAGUCACAUUCUUCAGGUUCUGCAGUGUUGUCUCCUUGUGCGCUGAAACUGGCAAUCUCGGACAUGUCUCAGCUCAUGACGGCCUUCGGACACAUCUAUAACACUGAUUUUAAGGGGUACUGCCAGCGAUCCCCUCCAACCCUCAGUUCAGAGAUGACUGUGUUUCAAUCUGUACAUCAGCUCCUGCACACAUGUAAUACGGAGCUGGAGGCUGUGAAGCAGCUUUCUGAAACUUCCACGUCUCUUACACACACACUUCAACAGCUGCAGACAGACAGACGCUACUGGUCUAAAGGAGAGAAGCACACACUGCCCAAGCAGUUGGAGGAGCUAAAGAACAGAUACAUGGCUUUUCUCUCCCUGCACCAGUCAUAGUCGGAAGGACUCUCUCACAGUCAGCAGAAACCUGCAGUCUAGAGCUUCAAUUGAAGUUUCAAGUGGCGAAAAGGUGUGAGGUGUAAAACCAAAAUAAAACCACUUCUCUAUAUGGCCAGAACGGUUUUAAAAACAUGUUAUUUUACAUCCCCGCAAUGUCAUGCACUGCUAGACACAAUAUGAACUAACAAAAGCAUCUACUAAUCAUGAAAUGGCUCCAUCUGAUAGGAAACUUCAUCUUUCUUCAUAAACCCCAGUGCUUUUAGUUUGUUUCCAUCUCCAAACAGCCGCAGUGUAUCAGUGUUGCAUUUAUGUUGUGUUUUAAUAAAGAUUCACCUUGCAUAAACUGCA